AAAACUCUGCAUGCAAUUCAGUGAAGAAAGAGAGGAUCAACCACAGUGACACACAUAAACAUUGCUUUUCAAAAUAGGAAUUGGGUUUUGAGUUUUGAUCCAAAAGAUCCUAUUGAGAAAACUUGCUGAAGGAUCUGAAGAUUAUCACUGCAACAAGGAGAAAUGGAAGGUCGUAGUGAAAUGGGUAUGAUGGGAGAGAGUUUUGAUACGAGUAAUUUGCUGGGGAGGAUUAGGGAUGAUGACUAUGAAAGUCGCUCUGAAAGUGAUAAUUUUGAUGGUGGAUCUGGUGAUGAGCAAGAUGUUGGUGAUGAUCAACCACAGAGAAAGAAGAAGAAAUAUCACAGACACACUCCUCAGCAGAUUCAGGAUCUUGAAGCAUUCUUCAAGGAGUGUCCUCAUCCUGAUGAGAAGCAAAGAACCGAUCUCAGCAAGAGGCUUGGCUUGGAGAACAAGCAAGUGAAGUUCUGGUUUCAAAAUCGACGAACCCAGAUGAAAACACAAUUGGAGAGGCACGAGAACAUGGUUCUUAAGCAGGAGAAUGACAAGCUUCGAGCUGAGAAUGGUGUGAUGAAGGAAGCUUUGGCUAAUCCUAUAUGUAACAACUGUGGUGGUCCAGCGAUUCCUGGUCAAAUUUCACUGGAGGAGCACCAGACAAGAAUUGAAAAUGCUCGAUUGAAGGAUGAACUGAACCGGAUCUGUACAUUAGCAAACAAGUUCUUGGGCAGGUCCCUUUCACCAAUGGCAAGCCCUAUGUCUCUGCCACCCACAAAUUCUGGCCUUGAGCUUGCUAUUGGAAGAAAUGGAAUGGGUGGUUCAAGCAAUUUUGGCAUGCCCGUGCCAAUUGGCUUUGAUUUGGGUGAUGGAGCUUUAGGCUCUUCACCUGCAAUGGCAAGUAUGGCUGCUAGAGCACCACUGGGAAUGAUGGGAAACGAAAUCCAUCUUGAAAGAUCAAUGCUUAUAGAUAUUGCCAUAAAUGCUAUGGAUGAACUGGUUAAGAUGGCUCGACAAGAUAACCCUCUUUGGAUUAAGAGUUCUGACGGUAGGAAUGAAGUUCUAAACUGUGAUGAAUAUGCAAGAAUGUUUCCUACUUUUGUUGGAACAAAACCUGCUGGAUAUCUGAUUGAAGCUACAAGAGCAACUGGAGUUGUACUAGCCAGCAGCUUGGGCCUUGUGGAAACUUUCAUGGAUGUGGAUCGGUGGCAAGAGAUGUUUUCAUCUAUGGUGGCUAGUGGUUGCACUUUGGAUGUGAUAUCUGGUGGCACAAAUGGAACGAGAAAUGGAGCUUUGCAAGUGAUGUUAGCUGAACUUCAAUUGCUUUCCCCACUGGUCCCUACUCGUCAAAUGACUUUGCUCAGGUUUUGCAAGCACCAUGCUGAAGGUGUAUGGGUUGUGGUCGAUGUUUCCAUUGAUAUUAUGCGUAAUGCUUCCAAUUCACAUCCAUCAAUGAGUUGCAGGAGGCUUCCUUCUGGUUGUGUUAUUCAGGAUAUGCCCAAUGGUUUGUCCAAGAUUACUUGGGUUGAACAUUCCCAGUAUGAUGAGAGUGUCAUCCACCAACUUUGUCGUCCAUUGGUUAGUUCUGGUAUUGGCUUUGGUGCUCAGAGAUGGAUUGCAUCUCUCCUAAGACAGUGUGAAUGCUUGGCAAUCCUCAUGACUCCUCCUGGUCCAUCUGAUGACCCUACAGUCCUUAGCCAAUCCAAUAGGAGAAGCGUGUUGAAGCUGGCUCAGCGCAUGAAUGAGUAUUUCUGCUCAGGGAUUUGUGCUUCAUCUGCACGCAAGUGGGAUGUUGUUCACAUCGGUAAUCUUGCUGAUGACAUGAAAAUCAUGGCUCGGAAAAUUGUGGAUGAUCCAAAUGAGGCUCCUGGCUAUGUGUUGAGCGCUUCAACUUGUGUCUGGUUGCCAGUGCCUCGACAAAGGGUGUUUGACUUUUUACGUAAUGAACAGCUGAGAGGGGAAUGGGACAUGUUGUCCAAAGGUGGUCCAAUGAAGGAGAUGCUCCAUGUUCCUAAAGGGCAAGAACAUGGAAACUGUGUUUCCAUUCUUCACGUAAGUGCCUUCAACAAGUAUGCUAAUAAUGAGGGCAACGUGCUGUAUCUGCAAGAAUCAUGGACCGAUGCAUCUGGGUCAAUGGUGGUGUACUCUCCAAUCAACAUGCAGUCUUUGAACAUGAUGAUGAUGAACACUGGAGAUUCAUCAUUUGUCUCUCUUCGUCCCUCAGGAUUUGCUAUUCUGCCAGAUGGCCAUUCAAACAACAGUGACAACAAUGAUGGUGGUGGUAGCUGUUUGCUGACAGUUGGAUUACAAAUGGUGCAGAAUGACAACCCUUCAGCCAAGUUCACAUUGGAGUCAGUUCAAACUGUUAAUUCCCUCCUUUCAUGCACCAUUCAAAAGGUGAAAGAAGCAUUGGGAGUUUCCUGA